AUGAACAUUAGACGUGCUGCUGUGUCAUUUACAGGUGGAAUAGACUGUACUCUGUGUCUUCAUCUAGCUCUUAACGAUGAAACAAUAUCGAUUGACUUGCUAGUAACUUUUGCAUCUGUCAGUUUCAAAUCAUGUAAGUCUUUAAUAAAAAUAUUUUAUGAAAAAUUUACUUUGUUUUUAAGUCUUAGCUCAUCCAAUGCAUAUAUUGUAGGUGAUAUUCUUGACAUUUGUAAUAAUUUCAUGGGUCAUGCUACUGAAGAGUCUGGAGUUGAAUUAGCUAAUGAAGGAUUUGAUAUAGGUGUAUUCUGUGUUGAUAUUGACAAAAUAGAUCAAACAGUAGCAACUAAUUUAGUUGGACAAUCUUAUUUUCAUGUCUAUGAAAAGAUCAAAGAAAUAAAUGGGCGACCAUUCUAUUGGCAAACACCAUUUAAUCAGUUUGUCGAUGUAUACAAUGAAUCAAGCCUUAAUAUUAGUUGGCCAUAUUAUAAUCCCGAAAGGGGUGAACCAUCUUCUAUACAAUUUUCUGUUAUCGUGUAUAAACUAAACGCAACUGACAUAUUUCGUUAUAAUUUUUCUAUGGAUGGUAAAGAUCACUUUGAUUCCAUAUCACGUAUGAUAGUGAACAGCAAUUUUUUAAAAGCUAAUGUAUAUUAUGCUGUCGCUACCGAAUACAAUAUAACUUUUAUUGAUGGAACAAGUCCAGACCCGUGGCAGUUGGGAGCCACUAGACCUGAAUUGAUCAAAAUGGCAACAACACCGAUACCUGGUGCAAGAAGAUUUGUUGAUAUUAAAUCAAAUUCAGCUAUUAUUUCAAUGAUGUGGCCAAGAGAAGUUCCUUAUUUUAAACUUGAAACGAAUGUAAAUCUAGGUGGUGGAAAUACAAUAUUACCAAUAGAAACUGUCUUAAAUGAAAUUUAUUUAAUAAGAAAAUACCGUUUUGAGAAUUUAUCAUCGGAUACAGACUAUACUCUAACUACAUAUUUUGGACAUUAUUACCUUCCAGAUGAUGGUUUCGAAUCGAUUGCGGAUUUACAAACCAUCAGAACUUUAAAAAACUGA